AUGCCCCGCUCGCUCGCGCCUCACGACGCAUUGGCUAGCAUACGGUGGAUCGUCGAGGACAUGAAGCCUCACCCAUGGGUGCACUACGAGGCGUACGUGAAGCGCACCGGCCUGUUAGUGACGGCGUCGAAGGUGUCGAGCGCGCCGCAGGGCGCUCCUUUAGUAUGGUACAUGGCAGUUUGGGCGUCGACGGAGCAGCAGGCGAUGGACUUAGAGCGGUACGUGGAGGAUCUGUUCGAGGAAGACGGGCGGGAUGACAAGCGGUGUCAAAAGGCUGCCUGGCCCAUUCACAAGAAGAUCUGCAAGCAGAACCAAGAGUCGUACGCUCUUGCCGAGACAUCCUCGGAUGAGCUGUUCAAAGCUCUGCACGAGUUCCGACGCACACACGAGCUCGUCAUGAUCGAUGCUGCCAAAGAGCGGGAGGACGUGGUAGUCAUCAACCUACGACCCCGGCCCAAUGCCCAACACGUACGGCCCGAGACGCGCUUCUAUGUCACGGAUGCCCAGCUUGAGACUCUAUCUUCAUCUGCCACCCUCUUUGAAUGGGACAUCGAGAUGAUGCGCACCAGGCUACAGGCUUGCAGGGAGUUGAUGUCGAAGGGUUACGGGCCAUGUGGCUCUCUGUUUGUCGUCGCGCACGUCGUUGGUUUUGAUAUUUCGGAGAUUAUGACGCCCGCGUUCCUGUUGGACAAACCGGGGUAUCUGAAGAGUGCAUGGAAAGAGUAUCUCUUUCAUAUGCUGAACGAGGGUGGCGUUAAUGUAGGAUGA